UCAAUUAACCAAAUUUAUAGAGCACUACACCCUAAGACACACACGAGAGACGGCAGCAGCAGCAGUCCCCAAACCCCACCGAACCCGCAGGCUAAUUAAGGAAACGAAACGGAAAACUGUUCGACGGGAAUAGACUUCAAGCACACUCUGACGAUGCCGGUGACACGUAGACAUUUAAUUGCACUCGUUGUGGUGACAACAUUAGCCUGUCAGCUGUGUGCUGCCCAGAACUCCACGUUUCUGGCCACGAUUGUCAGCUCGAACAACACGCUGCAGACGACAAACGGGACGCGCAUCAACGAGACGAUCACGAUCAAUAUUAGUGAGGUGAUUGCAGCUGCCGAAGCCGCUGCAGACACUGAGACCACCACACUAGACCCGUCAGGGACAACCACGGAGCCUGCUAUCACCACCGAAACAUCUGACACGUCCUCAACAACAACAACAACAGUCACUUCAACCACAUCCACCACACAAGCAUCAUCCACAGCCACAACUCUGACAACAACAACGGCAAACACUGUAAAUGACACUUCAACCACACUGCCGACAGAAACCACAACAACAGCCACACAAGACACAACUACAACCAUCGCAGCAAACACAGCAACAACAACCAUCACACCAGAUACAACCACAACCAUCGAGCCGAACACAACCACAACCAUCGCACCAGACACAACCACAACCAUCGCACCGAACACAACUACAACCAUCGCACCAGAUACAACCACAGCCACACAAGACACAACUACAACAACACUGCCGAUCACAACCACAGAACCACUCAUAACCACAGAACGAACCACAACCACAACCACACCGCCGAGCACAACCACAGAGGCGCUUAUAACAACAGAACGAACAACAACAACAACCACACAACAACCCACAACAAGCACACAGUCAUCGAUAACCACAGAAGCUUCAAACAGUACAGACACAACGAGUGCAACAGAUUCAACGACUGCAGCAGAUACAACAACGAGUACCCGUGUAACAACGAGUACCACGAGCUCGACGAGCACAACAAGCACCACACCGCUGGCCUACACCGUGUACACAAUGGAACCAUACCCUGGCAUCCUUUACGGCAGGACGAACUCGUUCGGCACACAGUCGCGUAGACUGCGCAAGGGUCGUCGGGGUGGCCGCAGGGGCAGGAAGCCGCGUCGCCGCACAACCACAACCGAGGGUCCUGCGAAUACGACCACCACUACAACCACCACAGCAAGAACCACCACGAUCAGCAGUGAUCUGAGCGAGGAGUACGAUGAUGUUCUGGCCAAUAGCGUGCUGGAGCCGCAGCCUGGUCUGCCCCUCGAUCUGGGCAACAUCCACAAUGUGCGCAUUUCCCAAUAGUGGGACAACGAGACUGAGGAAACUUUUCAAAAGUUGUUAUUUUUGCAUGUAUAUUUUGAUAUUAAUUACACGAAUAUUUUAGCUCUU